UUUAUCACUGAAGCAGCCUUAAUUACACCACACACGCAGACACAUACACACAUACACAUUUAUAUACUCCUCAGCAUAUACUACUGGGCCUAAUUUUCAGCUAGGUUCAGCUUAUUGGUGUAAUGACUGUGUAACCCAGUAGUGUGCAGUAUCAACUUCAUAAAAGAUAUUAAAUUCUAUCAAAUUGUACAUGAAAUAUUGCUGCAGGUCUUCACUGAAAUCUGGCUGUGAUAGCAAUAUGAACCAUAUUACCACCCUAUGUAAACAAGAGUACAGGUUGAACAGGAACUCUCCCAUUCUGUAAUUCAAAAAGCAGCCCGUGUUGAUAUUGCCUUGACAAAACAUGAGCUUUAAACAGCCACAUCAUCCUUCUGAUAGAUGACGAGAUAAGAGGGUGUGCGGUUUAAAAGGAGCGGCCGACUUUGAGCAAAGCGCUCCUUUCUGCAGAGUGGUACAGCUCACCAAACAAUCACCAUGACCUUCAACGGCACCUGGAAAGUUGAUCGCAAUGACAACUAUGACAAAUUCAUGGAAAAAAUGGGGGUUAACUUGGUGAAAAGGAAGCUGGCUGCUCACGACAACCUCAAGAUAACCAUCGAACAGACUGGAGACAAGUUUCAUGUAAAGGAGAGCAGCAGUUUCCGCACAAUCGAGAUAGACUUCACCCUGGGGGUCACCUUUGACUACAGCCUUGCAGAUGGAACUGAGCUAACUGGUGCAUGGACCAUGGAGGGUGACGUGUUAAAAGGUGAUUUUGCCAGAAAAGACAAUGGAAAACAACUGAUAACAACAAGAAUCAUCCAAGGAGAUGAACUCAUUCAAAACUACAGCUAUGAAGGUGUGGACGCAAAGAGGAUUUUCAAGAGGGGUUAGACCAAAACGCUUCACCAAACUGAAGUGAGAUACGUGAUUUCAGGAUUACACAGCUUUGUGUUGAAUGCUCGACUUCUUGAACAACUAAAAGUGCCCAAACUGUAAUCCAUUUUUAUACUUGCAUUAUUAAAGCCAAGACUGCCUAUUUUCA